GCAGCAUGGGCGGCGGGCGCCCGCGGGCCGGCGCCGGGCGGGGGGCGGCGGCGGCCGCCGCGCAGCUGCUGCUCGCCCUGAGCUGCCUCCCGAGCGUCGUCGAGGCCCAGGUGGCUGGCGUUCUGGAUGACUGCUUGUGUGAUAUUGACAGCAUUGAUAACUUCAACACCUACAAAAUCUUCCCCAAAAUAAAAAAGUUACAAGAGAGAGACUACUUUCGUUAUUACAAGGUUAAUUUGAAGCGACCAUGUCCUUUCUGGGCAGAAGAUGGCCAUUGUUCAAUAAAAGACUGCCAUGUGGAGCCGUGUCCAGAGAGUAAAAUUCCAGUUGGAAUUAAAGCUGGACAUGCUAAUAAGUACUUGAAAGUGGUAAACAAUACCAAAGAAUUACAAGAUUGUGAGCAAGCAACUAAACUGGGAGCAGUUAACAGCACAUUAAGUAACCAGAGCAAAGAGGCCUUCAUUGACUGGGCACGCCACGAUGAUUCGCAGGAUCAUUUUUGUGAACUUGAUGAUGAGCGGUCCCCUGCGGCCCAGUACGUGGACUUGCUGUUGAACCCGGAGCGAUACACCGGCUACAAGGGGCCCUCGGCGUGGAGAGUGUGGAACAGCAUCUAUGAGGAGAACUGUUUCAAGCCUCGAUCUGUGUAUCGUCCUUUAAACCCUUUGGCACCCAGCCGAGGUGAAGAUGAUGGAGAAUCAUUCUAUACAUGGCUAGAAGGUCUGUGUUUGGAGAAGAGAGUCUUCUAUAAGCUUAUAUCAGGACUCCAUGCCAGUAUCAACUUACAUCUGUGUGCAAAUUAUCUUUUGGAAGAAACCUGGGGUAAACCUAGUUGGGGACCGAAUAUAAAAGAAUUCAGACGCCGAUUUGACCCUGUAGAAACCAAGGGGGAAGGCCCCAGAAGACUGAAGAACCUUUACUUCUUAUACCUGAUUGAGCUUCGAGCUUUGUCAAAGGUGGCCCCCUAUUUUGAGCGUGCAAUUGUUGAUCUUUACACUGGAAACACAGAAGAAGACGCAGACACCAAGACCCUUCUGCUGAGUGUCUUUCAAGAUACCAGGUCCUUUCCUAUGCACUUUGAUGAGAAAUCCAUGUUUGCUGGCGACAAGAAGGGGGCCAAGUCGUUAAAGGAGGAGUUGCGGUUACACUUCAAGAACAUCUCCCGCAUCAUGGACUGUGUGGGGUGUGACAAGUGCAGACUGUGGGGGAAACUCCAGACUCAGGGUUUAGGAACUGCCUUGAAGAUACUAUUCUCCGAAAAAGAGAUCCAAAAGCUUCCAGAGAAUAGUCCAUCGAAAGGCUUCCAGCUCACUCGGCAGGAAAUAGUUGCUCUCUUAAAUGCUUUCGGAAGGCUUUCUACAAGUAUAAGAGAAUUACAGAAUUUUAAAGUCUUACUACAGCACAGUAGGUAAUACAGGCUUUUCUAUGUCUGAUUGGAGACAAGAAGGACUGUGAAGCCUUUUAGUCUUCUUGGACAUGCUGAAAGACUAAUGCAAGACGUCAAGAACUGAACUCCUCAGAGAAAAUUCUAGUGCUCACUUGAAUAUUUAUGACCCAUCCUAGAUUGCCAAUUAGAGUUAUUUAUAAAUGAAGUAUAUGGUUUUAAAACUUGUAAGUUAUACUCAUUCUGCGUCUGUUUUCCUGUGUCUCCGUCGGUUGCGUGUUUUGCUGUUUAGAGUUGGGUUUAA